UUUUAAGCGUGGCCUCCGCAGCGGAAGUGGGUCAGUACUCGUUUGACUUCCGCGCGCUACCGGACACCACCGGCCAUUCGUCAUGUCGCCCCUGUUGUCUUUGCUUCUGGCAACGGCGCUUCAACUCACCGACAUCGCCCACCCGGACGAGUGCCCCGAGAUGGUGACCCGGGCGCAGUGGGGGGCGCGGCCGCCGACGGCCCGCGAGACCAUGAAGACGCCGGUGCCGUUCGUCGUGAUCCACCACACGUACAAGCCGGGCUUCUGCGCCACCACCGAGGACUGCAAGAAGGCCAUGCGUACCAUGCAGGACAUGCACCAGUUCCAGCACAAGUGGAACGACAUCGGCUACAAUUUUGUGGUUGGCGGCGACGGCAAAGUGUACGAAGGACGCGGCUGGGGAAUAGUCGGUGCCCACGCGCCCAACUACAACAGCCGCAGCAUCGGGAUCAGCUUCAUCGGCGACUACACAAGUAACGUGCCGACGCCGGCGAUGCUGAAGGCGGGCCAGCAGCUGAUCCGGUGCGGCGUCGCCCGCGGCCAGAUCGCCGCCGACUACAAGCUGCUCGGCCACCGACAGGUCAGGGCCACGGAGUGCCCCGGCGACGCGUUCUUCGCCAGCAUUCAGAAGUGGCCCCACUGGUCUCCGCUCCGCGACAUCGUUCCCAGGCUGUAGGCCUUCCAGCCGCCGGCGUUUCCUUAAGCGUCUGUGCAACUGCGCAACUUACUAAUCUUGGUUAAUGUACGGAGCGCCUUUUUAGCUCGUGACGUGGACGCGAGGACAAUAUGCUCAUCGGAGUGAAUGAAAUGUUUUUUUAUACUGUACCAUCGCAAAAACGAUGACAAAUAUUAAAUGAAUGCCUGUUAUGAAGAAGUUUGCUUUACUGUUCCUGCACAAUGUAGCAGUAUAUCAGGAACUCAAUCGGCAGGGUACGACGAGUGACAGCAUAGCUGGUCAUUCGUGCAGAUCAGUUACGUAAACAAAUGUUCGAUCUGUCACACUUUCAAAUGAUGAAUGGUAGGCUAAUAUCCUACCCUUAGCCACGAAAGAAAAGCCUCUAAGACUUCUAUUGUUUUCCCUUGUGUAAAGUGAUUUGGUCAGUAUGUGAUGUGAUUUUGAGUAAGUGUCACGUAAGAUAAUCUAAUUGUCCAGAGCUUGUGCGGUGUAUUGAACUGUCACUUUCACGUAAAAAUAUAAAACAAACUCUCAAGGAAA